CUCUCACUGUUGUUGUCGCCUUUGUGUCUGCAGGUGCAAAGUAAUAUAAUAAUUGGAUUAAUUCGGGUUUAAUCGAGCAAUCACAGCCAUGGCCACGAUGCGCAUACCCAAGCAGAAGGUGAUCCUGUGCGGCGACUACGGAGUGGGCAAGAGCUCCCUGUUCCGGCGCUUUGCCACCAACACCUUUGUCACGGAUACGGACAGGAAAUCCACUUUGGGAUUGGACCACAUCGAUAGGGAGUACAGUGUGAAUGAAAAGCAGAUCAAGCUCCAACUCUGGGACACCGGUGGCAUGGAGCGCGUGGCUUCGGUCACAUCCUCUUACUACAAGUUCGCCGAGGGCGCCAUCCUGGUCUUCGCCUUGGACAACGCCGCCUCGUUCCACUCGCUGUCGCAGCACUUGCUGGACAUUGUGACCUAUGCUGAGAACGCCAAGAUCUUCAUCUGCGGCAAUAAGAGCGAUCUGGAGGGCAGGGAGCCGGAGGUGAGCGACGAGGAAGUGGAGGCCUUCUGCGAGCAGUGCCACUCACUGAUUAGCGCCACGUACAAGACCUCCUGUCGCAGUGGCGCCGGUGUGGAGGAGAUGUUCCGGGACAUCUCAAGGCAGCUGGUCCACGCCAAUCGCUCCAAGAUGGAACUGCAGGCCUUGGAGCACAAGAGCUUCCAGGUGGACACUGCGAGCAGCGGUGCGGCGACCAACGAGGAGGACGCCUCCUCCUGCGGCUGCUAGCAGUUGGGGAACAUUGAGUUCGGCUAGGCACCCCCAACGCCACCGGGCUCAAUGCUUAUGCAGAGAUGCAUUUUUACUGUUUCCUUUAUUUAUUGACAGCUCACGGCUAUGUUAUGAUUUUUAGAUACAUGUUCAUUUCGAAUUUUUACGAAAAAUACGUCCCGAAUGCGAACACGAGUCAUAGAGUAGAUUUAGUUUAUAUUAACCAGGCGCCAAACAUUAACCAUUUAAACUUUGUACACGUAAACUAGGAUGGGGUUCACUCGUAGGAUAGGUUAGUAAUCUGUGGAAAGAUCUCGGGUAUAACAACAAAGAACUAGGAAGUAAUAAGAAUUCUUUCGCUUAACAACAAAGUCAAAAUAAUCUUAAAGGUUAAAGGACAGCAACAUAUAUAGACAUUGAUAACUCAUUACUCAAACGAUCAGCAGAUAUCUACACUGAGCGUCGACUCUUAUUGCAAUUACCCCAUCCUAUCGUAUAUAGAUUAGUGCGUAGUCUGCAGCUUUCUUCCACAGAAUAUCUCGUAAAAGUAACAUAUGCUAAACAAUAAAUAAUCAACUCACGAAACUGGAA